AGGUACUCCUACCUGCGCCGGCGGGGAACAUCCAUCGGGAUCAUCGCCGCAGGCUAUGGAGGUCAAGGCUAAGGCGGCUAUGGCGUCGGCAUUCCUCUUGAUCCGGCUACUACAUCGCCGUCGUCGCAGAAGCGAUGGCUUCUUCACGGACGAGCAGGGAGAGGACCACGACGCAGUGGAGGGGGAAGAGGAAGAGGAAGAGGAGGAGGGGGGGGAGGAGGAGGAGGAGGAGAAGGGAGAAGAAGACGAGGUCCCACGCUUCAGACGCGUGUUAGAUGCUACUGCUAAUGACGACACAUCAGCGGCGGUGGUGCGGCUGCAAGAGGACACGUCGAGUGAAUCUGAUAAUGCGACAGGAAGCAACCAUUGAUGAUGAUGAUGAGGAUGAGGAGGAGGAGGAUGAUGAGGAUGAUGAGGAUGAGGAUGAGGAUGAUCGAGAGGAUGAUGGAAAUGAUUGUAAUGACGGUGAUAAUGAGAAUGUGACACGUGGCCGACGCAAGGGACCACGGCAGAGGAUCCAAACUUAAGCGCCAAGUCCGCCGCUACACAGGCCAUUUGACCAGAGUGCCUACCUACCUACCUACCCACCUAUUCUCCUACUCUCCUACCCUCCUACCCUCCUACCUCCUCGUCCUGCUUGCGCUCGUCUUUCCUCUCUCCUCCUGCCGUAAUCACUCCUCUGCCUCCUCCUCUCCCUCCUCUCCCUCCUCCUCCUCCUCCUCCUCCUCUUCCGCUUCCUAGACCGUAGUCACUUGGCACUGUACCUGACAGCAAUUACGCCCGGCCGCGUGUGUAUCUGACUGCAAUUACGGCCCGCCGCGUGUGUAUCUGACCUGCAAUUACGGCCAGUCGCGGGUGUAUUCGACUGCAAUUACGUCCAAUUAUGUCCACUCGCAGAGUACGAGAGGUCCUGGAUUGAGUCUGUCCCUACUCCCUUCCCCCCGGUUCAAUUAUGAACCCACAGCUGUGUGUGCUCGAUUCUUCUCCUGCGCUCCGUCGGGAUCCCGCUCUCUGCAUCCGCUCGCCGUAAGCAAAUGACUAAUACGUCCGUGCCGCUGAGUCGCGCUGGCCUGUUCUCUCUUUGUGUGUGUGAGUGUGUGUGUGUGUGUGUGUGUGUGUGUGUGUGUGUGUGAGAGAGAGAGAGAGAGAGAGAGAGAGAGAGAGGCAGACACAACGGUGCACUGAUUAACACAAGAUUCACAGUGAUAUAACAUGAAGAAGAUUAAGGCGCCAUUUUCUCAGCAUUCUGAAAUGAUAUCGAUUAGAUACCCUCCCAUAAGGAUAUUAGAUAAGAGAAUAUGAUAUGGGGAUAAGGACAAGUGGUGUAAGAUAUGCACAAAGAUAUGGAUAUGACAAGGGUGUCAAGGGAUAUGAUAAGAGCUGACUUGGAGAUAUUAAAAAAAAAAAAAACACCCACUGGCAGAUAAAGGUCACAGAUUCGA